AUGCGCACGGUGCACGGCAUCCCCGUGGUCAGCGCCUUCACCCACGACUGGGAGCAGGUCAACACCUUCCAGACCCCCCCCAAGGACAUUGUGGUGGUCACCUUCCCCAAAUCCGGCACCACCUGGGUCAGCGAGAUCAUGGACACGAUCCUGAAAGGUGGCGACCAUGAAAAAUGCAAGCGGGAUGCCAUUGUGAACCACGAGUUGCCCAUGCUGGAGUUCGCCACCCCCAGGAAGAUGCUGGCAGGCACGGAGCAGCUGGAGGCCGUGGCGUGGCCUUGCAUCAUCAAGACCCACAUCCCACCUCACAUCUCGCCCAAAUCCUUCUGGGAAAACUGCUGCAAGAUGAUCUACGUGGGGCACAACGUCAAGGACAUGGCUGACUCCUUCUACCACUUUGACCUGAUGAACAAGCUGCACCUGCACCCUGGGACAUGGGCCUGGUACCUGGAGGACAUGGUCAGCAGCGUGGCAUAUGGCUCUUGGUAUGACCACAUCAGGGACUACUGGGAGUGCAGGAAGGAACACCCCAUCCUCUACCUCUUCUACGAGGACUUGAAAGAGGACCUCUGCCGGGAGAUUGCCAAGGUGGCCCAGUUCCUGGGGCGGGAGCUGCCGGAGGUGGUGCUGGACGCCAUCACCCGACACACGUCCUUUGGGGACAACCCCACCACCAACUAC